CUCCAGAAUGAAUCAUCGAUCAUGUUGAGGUCCAACAGCAAAAGACGAUUUCUGACAAUGCAACAACUGUCAUUGAUGAAAACAAAGCAACGAAGUAAAUCGAUCUCUCCAACAAAACAGUAGCAACACCAGAAUUAUCAGCAAAGACAAGCUAGCAAGAACCAUGGGCUGGGAAGCAAAAGUGGAAGAGCUUGGUCAAAAGCUUCGCAAGGAGAUUGUGGACAACAACGAAGAGCCUGACAUUGAAAGAAGCAACGAUCUGCUGGAGGCACUAACGAAACAUCAAGGAACCAUGUCCAUUGCCGUCCUCCAAAAGACUCGCCUGGGGAAUACCAUGACCAAGUGCAUCCGAACUCUCAAGAGACACAAGAGGACCUCCACCAACACAAAGGAAUUGGAGACUCUCAUUAAAACGGGAGAGUCGCUUUUGGAUCAGUGGAAACAGGCUGUCGACAAGGAUGCCAAGCAAAAGCAACACAAUCAUCAUCAAAAGGAGGAGAGUGAAGAUGCUGUGAACGAAAAGGGAUUGCCAACCACGGUAAAGGCAUACCAAACCAGGUUGACCAAGCAGCGCAAGGACUUAUUCAAGAAUCCACCCGUACUUCCACCCAACCAUGUGACCAUUGAAGAGGAGUGGUAUCCACUGCCCAAACGAAACAAAAAGACGGGCGAACUAACAUUUGUCUGUGGAGCUGAUGACAAAAUUCAAAACUUACUGAAAGACUUUCAUCCCAAUCGGACCCCGGAAGAAAUCAUGCGAGCUGGAUCCUUUGGAGGGACUUACUAUAGACCCAUUGCGUCGGCCGUGACCAAUGUGAGCUACACGGCAAGUGGGGUCUUGAAGGAAUCGGUGGAUCCAAAAUGGAUUCAAGGUUUGGACAUUCGCACCAUGUUAACCUCUUCGACCUACCGAAAUUCGGUCAACAAGUACGGUGUCAAGUGCGGCGGGUCGCUGGGCAUGUGGGAGAGCUCUGGCUGGAUUGCCGACUGUGAUCCGUAUGGUUGGUUCCAAUGGUACUGUCGCUUUUAUCAAGGUCGGCGGUGCUCGGAUGAUGCCCGGCAAAUCCAGCGCUGGGCCAAGAGUGCUGGACCCAAGGGCCGCUUCCGUUCGCAACUCUGCAACAAAAUCUUGGCCGCCAAGACAACCGCGGACGAUGUAUCCAUUAGUCCCGUCAUUCGACAGACAUUGCUGCAUUGGGGGUUGGAGAUUACGGAAGAGGUCCUUGCCAAGCACAAGAAACGUGUGGGAAGGUGA